AUGGUGAUGAUUUGGCAUCUGCCUGAAACUGCGGUCUCCACUGCCUUCACUUCUCUAACCCCAGCUACAGAGUACGUCAUAGCAGUGAAGUGCAUCAGUGCGUACAUCGAUGGACCACAAGCAAACGUAACCAUAGUAACAGAUACCGAUGCUCCACUAGAUCUUAAGAUUGAGGAUAUCGAGUCCGUUAGCUUUGCUCUGUCCUGGAUCCCACCAGUAGCUAAGCUCACUAGAUACGAACUCACGUACAAAAGUCACGAACAAGGCAGGAAACGGCGAUGGAUGAGUUCCCUGACCCUUCCCGGUAGCAGCGAUACGUUUUUGCUGCAAGAACUUGUCCCUGCCACCCAAUACACCAUCAGUUUGACAGCGGUUAGUCGGUUUGGAAGGAGUGAAGACGCAAUCUUAACAGCUAUCACAGACACGGACCCACCCACUGAACUGAAAGUUAGGAACGUUUCCUCCACCUGGAUGUAUGUGGUAUGGACGCCACCUGUCGCAGCUGUGGUAUCCUAUGGUAUGAAAGUAACUGAAGAAGUAAGCCAGAGGGAGAUGCAUUUCAGUAUACCCGCUACCCUAACGGAGUUCAACAUGACGGAGCUCCUACCAAUGACGGAGCACCUCAUCCGGAUUGCAGCCGCCAGCAUGUACGGACGUAGUGUGGAAGCUGUGAUCUUUGGUACGACAGACACCGUGAGCGCUGAUGAUCAUGAUACAGACACCGAAGCACCUGUAAGCUCCAAAGCCCCUGCGAUGACAACAACAGACAAGGGGGAUUUGAAGAUCAAAGCCACAGCAUUUUGGUUUGAAAAUCUGGUAUCCAUUCCACAGAUAAAAGGAGCUUGA